UUAUAGAAACUUCAAAAUAAAAGGUGCUUGAGUGCUUCAAAGUAUCCUGUAGGUAUCCAUAUUCCAUGUUUUCAUUUUUCAAUACGACCUCAAAAAACAGAAACAUUUUCAAAAGUGGACUAUCUACAGCUAUUCCUGUUUGAUACAAUCGUAAUUUAGUGUAGUAUCUACGGUAAAAUCCUCGUAUUUAUGUUCAUUGUCUACCCUAUUUUGUAUAUUUUGUCCGUACAUAAACAGUUGAGUAAUUUAAGUCUGCACCAACUACCAACACGAAUUAACAAUGACUACGGCCGCAAGGCCAACGUUUGAUCCUGCUAGAGGUGGCCAAGGCCGCGGUGAGAAAGAUUUAAGCGCUAUAUCACGACAGUACUCUAGUCGAGAUUUACCAGGACAUACGAAACUUAAGUACAGAGAGCAGGGACAAAGCACAACAGAUGAACUUCGUUCAAGAGAUUUCCGUAAAGAAUUAGAUGAGAGAGAAAAGGAGGUUAAGGCUCCAGCUAGACGCCAAAAUGAACCUCCCGCAAAGAAGACAAAAGCAGAUCAGGUUCCUGCUGCAAGUUUAGAUGCUGAUGACCCUCUAGAAGGAGACUCAUCUGAUUCAGAUGACUCGGACGAUGACACUGCAGCCUUAUUGGCUGAAUUGAACAAAAUAAAGAAAGAGCGAGCUAUUGAGCAAGCUAAGAAGGACGCUGAAAAGAAACAAGAAGAAGAGAGAAUCAGAAUGGAAAAUAUUUUAUCAGGAAAUCCAUUGUUAAAUUAUUCUGCGGCAGGUCAAAAAAAUGAUCUGAAGGUAAAACGGCGUUGGGAUGACGAUGUGGUAUUCAAAAACUGUGCUCGAUCCGAACCUGACAAGAAGGGUAACACCUUUAUAAAUGAUUCCCUCAGAUCAGAGUUUCAUAAAAAGUUUAUGGAAAAAUAUGUUAAGUAAUUUGAAUAGUGUAUCUAAAUUAAUGUAAAAGGCUAAUAAAGAUUUGUUUUGUAUCCACAA